CAUCGAAGAUAGCCCGUUCUUCGGCCAAUCCGCGUUCAACAAGUACGACAGUCCGAAAAGUCCGAUCGCUUGUGGGAACUACGAAUGUUCCGAUAUAUCAAUCGUCCUGUGAAUUUGCUUCGAAAUCCUGCCUUGGCAUACAGCCAGCUCGUUCGCGUGAUAACGGAUCGUAUUAGCAGAUGAUUGGCGAUGGAUUGAAUAGUGUCCGGUCUGUCAUCGUUUCUCGUGUGUCGUCUGCGUCCAACCUGCUCAGCUCAGCUGUCGUGUGACGAUGCUUGUGACGUAACUGAAUUAUAAUGGUUGAUUGUCGAGGCUGAGGGUUCACGCCUCGCGAUUUAUUUACCAUUUUGCCCUGUCACUGUGAUCGCGCGUGCAUUUUGGUGACUCGGGCAUCUCGCAGUGACGGACGCGAUGGACAGUAACAAGGACGAGGCGGAGCGAUGCUUCGAGCUCGCGGAGCGAUUUAUGCGGGAUAGGAAGUACGAGGAAGCUGAGAAAUUCGUCCGCAAGGCCCAGAGACUUUAUCCGAUGAAGAAGGCCGAGGAACUGCUGGCAGAAGUAACAGUGCUCUCGAAACAGAACCAGAAACCAGAGUCAGCUGAGCCUAAUGUUAGAAAACGGCAAAAUGUAACCAAAGAUGGGACACAUUCCCAGAGCAAUUCCGAAUAUUCAAAAGAACAGUUGGAGCAUGUAAAAAGAAUAAAGAAGUGCAAGGACUACUACGAAAUCUUAGGAGUCAGCAAAGAUGCUACAGACAGUGAUAUUAAAAAGGCUUAUAAGAAAUUAGCGCUUCAAUUACAUCCUGACAAAAAUAAAGCACCAGGUGCUGCCGAGGCGUUUAAGGCUAUUGGCAAUGCGGUUGCUAUUCUUACUGAUUCGGAAAAACGAAAACAAUAUGACAUGUACGGUUCCGAAGAAGAAAGAAUGCAGAAUAUGCACAGCCGCCAAGGCCAUACGCAUUACAACUAUACUCGUGGAUUUGAAGCUGAUAUCACAGCCGAGGAAUUGUUCAAUAUGUUUUUUGGUGUCGGCUUCCCACAACAAGAAUUUUAUAUGCGUCGGCCAGGAGGAAGAUGGAUGCGACAGUCGGAAGCGCAAGCGCAACAUGCCCAUUCUCAGCAAGCAAAUGGAUACACUACGUUUCUUCAGAUGUUACCAGUUCUGUUACUAAUAUUGUUAACCAUGAUGAGCAGUUUUUUCAUUUCCGAUCCAGUAUAUAGUCUGCAUGCGAGCCCAAAAUAUUCAGUGGGCAGAACAACUCAGGUUUUGAAAGUGCCAUAUUACGUUAAGGAAAACUUUCACAGUGAAUACCAAGGCAGUUUACGUAGGUUAGAAAUUUCAAUUGAAGAAGAGUACGUGGGUAACUUGAGGCAGGCCUGCGCUAGGGAAAAGAAUUACAGGGAAGGUAUAAUGUGGAAAGCCCGUAAUUUGGGAGAUCAAGAUCUGUUCAUGAAAGCUAAAAAUCUUGAAACACCCUCGUGUAGGAAACUACAAGAACUGCAAGCAUAAUAAAUAACAACAUGUAAACUAGAAGUUUUAUGUGAAUAGAUAGAUGUAUAUUAUAUUUACACAUGUAUAAUUGUCUUUGGGUGUAUAAUGAGAACUUCUAUAAGAUGCAAUUAUGUAUAAAAUAUUCUUAUACACUCAAAGUAAAUUGUAUUUCAAGGUCCAUAUGUCCGGGUCUGUCUUGCGCAUUCUCUCAUUACAUACAUAAAUUUUGAGUUGCAUGCUGAACGAUUACAGCUAUGCAAAAGUAAAUGAAGCUUUAAUCAUUAUUGAUUCAACUGAAUAUAUAUAAGAAAGUCUCUGUUUGUCAUAUAAUUUCCAGUUUCUCAAAAUAAACAUACAUGUCAGUUAUAAAUAUAUUUAAAAUAUUGUUAAAAAUUGUCUAUUAAAAAAAAAAAAAACAAUGUAUACGUGUGAUUGCUAGCUUUUCUAUAGUAUUAUGAAAUGUUAUUAGGACAGUUCUUUCUGAAUACUCAGUUAUUUAUAACAAACAAAAAGUAAGCCUAGUACUUGUAAGUACGAUUACAUAUGUAACAUAGGGGUGAAUAUAUCAUACAUACGUAUAUGCGUACAUAAUUUCAUAGACUUGCGGGUCCAAUUUAUUUCAUGAUAACAUUCUUUUCGAUUGCAAUUGAAAAAUUACAAAUAAAUCUGUAGUAGGUACCAAUGAUUUAUAUUUUACAUUUGGAAUUUUAUCGCACAGCUAAUUGUAGUAUACAUAUGCCUUUCUAGCAACUUUUGAGGAUGAAUUGAAUGAUUAGAGACUAUUUAGAAUGUAUACAGUUUAGUGAAAGAAAGGAAACAGUGUAGUAAGGAUUAAUUCUUCGUACAAUUAGUUAUUGCUUUAAAGUUACUUCAAUUACUUUAUUGUCUCUAUAUUAAGUCUGCAUUUCAUCUGUUGUUCUUGGUUACAAACAUGUACGAAACUUGAGUUUAUGGAAAAAUAUUAUUGGGCUUGCGAAAAAAUUAUAUUGGAAAUAAUAAUGUACAAUAUAUAUAAGGAUCUGAAUGGUUUUUCAAUAAUUUCUAAUAGUUUUUUUGCGAAUCUAAUAGUAUUUUUCCAUAAUGGAUAAAUCACUAGAUAUAAUGAUUUAUAGAUCAAGUUGCUUCUCGCUUAAAAAUGACUUAUUUCAAUUUUCUUUUAUUGAUUUUAUGACUAUGAAAAUUAACACAGGAUUGUUCACAAUCCAUAUUGAGCUUAUUAUAAUUUUAAUGUAUAAAAGAUUUAAUAUUUGUUUUUACAUAUACAUAUGUAGAUGAAGGAAUUCUCUAAUACUUGCCUAAAAAAUACAUUCAGAUCAGUAUUGGAUAUCCAUCUACUGAUAAAAUCAGUACCUGGAUAUACUUCUUGAUUUUAUUUUAAUCUAUUUUUGUUAAAAGUAAACAAAACUUUUUGAUAGAAAAGUAUAUUGACUUGUAUGAAAAAUCACACUGAUAAAAAUUUAAUCACAUAAUGAUCAUAGACAUUUAUAUAUUUAUAUAUUUAUUUAAAUAUUUAUGGUAAAUAUAUAAAUGUCUAUGAUAAUGAUGCGAGAAAUGAUUGAUAUAUUUGUUGCAUAUGUAUUACAAAAUAUCGAAUUAAUUAAGCUGUAGUUAGAUCAGAGAGCUCCAAAAAUACUUAUGUUACAAGAAUAAUCGAAUAAUAUAAACCUUUGCUGAGAUGAUUUACAUUCAUGGGCGUUUUAAUAUAUAAUUAUAAAUAUAAAUCUCUUGCAAUGCGCUAUAUAAAUGUUUACAGUUAAUGUUAAAUGGCGGUCUCAGCACACGUAUUUAUGUUACAAAUAUAAAUUAUGUUUAAAUAGU